GAUCUCUGGUUCAAAUUACAUCACUCCCUCAGGCUAAAGAGGAGAGCUGAACUCCCUGCCGCUCCAUGUUGAUUCGUCGAUUCGUGAUCGUCUGCAAUGGUGCCGUGCCGCCUGGUGUCUCGAUGUAUUCCGACGCUCUUCAAUCCACAAUUUGAUUCUUCUCUCGCGAAGUGAGGGAAUCGAGGCAAGCUAUAAAAGCGCAAAAGGCCUUCCUCAAAGCUUAGUCAACGCUUAUCCGACUUAAAAUCCUCUUGGAGUCCACCCCUCGUCCCAACCUGCUCCCUACGUACAUACAUAUACAAGAGGAGCUUAACAAUCUGGGGAAAGGUCCAAAUCCUAGUCCUUCCUAUCCUCAGCUUCCUCAGGUUUCCCCCAGCCUGAAUCUUUUCCUCCAAAUAUUUGAGACUCACAGACACCGGCAGCGAACACACCCGUAGACAAGCUGCUGUUGAGCCUCGACCUUAGAAAACUUGGGCCUGUUACGGAUUCUCAGAUUCCCUAUUGUUCCCUUUACGCUCGCUUCCCUCACUUGUUCCUUUUUCGAGGCUCAUACCACGUUCCCUCCACCGCCGCCACUGAGCUCUCGUUGUAUUUUGUUUAUUGACUACAUUUGUUGACUCCAUUGUAUACGUUACUGCGCCCAUUCCACCACUGGCAAACAGCCUUGUAGCCACUAGUUCCGUUAGCGUUCACCAAACAGGAACUGGUACUCAAUAAAACCUAAAACCCCGAUGGCAUCAUCAUUUGUUCCGUCUAAGUCUCGCCCCCCUCAUUACCAACCUAUUCUCCACUCGAGAUAUCCAUCGCCUCACUUCAACUCUAAGAAGCCCGUGGGUCUUGUUGAUCAGACCUCCAUUGCGAAUCCCCGUCAUUUUUCAGAAUCUUUGGUGACAAGCCUCAUGUCCCCUCCCGGAUGUUCCCCUGCCACCCCCACUGGUCCGAACUCCCUUCAAGAUCGGCUUGCCAAACUCGAAGCAUCCUUGCCCGCUAUCCAUGACGCUUAUCAACGGGAAAUAUCGAUUUUGCGUACGGAGGUGGAGUCCCUCAAGGGUUUGCUCGUCCCUAAGCCUUCCCUAAACAAGAACGCCCCACCAUUCGUCCCCGGACCGGCACCCAUGACUCCUCCCACUCCGGUUGACUUCAAGAGGCCUUCGCCCCUCGUACUGGUGGCUCCCGAUUCAGAUACACCUUCAUCGAUCACUCCUCCCGGCAUGACACCUUUUGACCUCUUACCUCAACAUGAGCAAAUAUAUUCCUUAUCCCAACAAGUCAACGUGCUCUCGACCACGAUGUCUCAACUUCUCACCACUCUUCUAGCUACCCCUAAUGGACCCGUCACGCCAAACCUCUCACUUCCGUUGAUCAACGCGCGCAUCACCUCGCCAUGUGGUCCGAAUGGUACUCCGUCAUCACCUCCGGUAUCGCUCUACCCUAGCAAUUCGGGCCCCGUCUCGCACGGGAACAAAGCCAACGCUCCACAGCCACCUCUUGGGCGAGCCGGACAGCGUCAUCCAGGAAACUUGACCAUUUCCCCGCCAUUGCCUUCUCCGCUCCCUCCGAACAACAAUCCAACUGAUUCCCAACUGGGUGCCUCCCAGCCGCGUCCCAACGCUCAUCUCCGACUAAGGCUAUUUUCGCCAACUGCUUGCCAAACACCUGUGUCUUCUUCGGCUCCCAUGAGUCCUCUGUCUCAUGAUACCUUAACAGGUCCCUGUGCCGCGUCUCCUGUCAACUCCUUAGCGGGCAAAUGGGAACAGUUGGGUAUCGGCGGCGAUGUCCUCCGCGCAAUCGUACGAUUUGGAGUUGGCCCCCCCUCCAAGACACAACAGAAAUCGAUCCCCAAUAUGCUGCUUGGGAAAGAUCUCAUAUCUCAAUCCAACCCUAUUCAAGAGCGUAUCCAAUCGUACAUCAUUCCGGCUUUACAACUUAUUGUGAAUGAGAUGAAUGGGCAUGCGAAUAUCUCCAACGGCCAAGUAUCUACCAAAUGUACCAUUUCCGCUCCCGUCAAAUGUAACGGAAGCGUCAAAGUCUUGGUAAUAGCCGCCACUCUUGACGAAGCCGCCCAAGCUCAUCGCCUCGCUCGUGGCAUUGCCGCUCUGCUUCCUCAUCCACCCAAGAUCGUACAUUGCGGUGCCUCGCAGUCUAACGACCUCACGGAACCAUUAGGAGCCGCUCAACAUGCGGAACCUCAUCUGCUGAUUGGCACUCCCUCCAAGCUUUUGGACCCCGUCAAUGGUCUUCGUGGCUACACCUUCGAUGCAAGCUCGUUCAUUUGCGUUAUCCUGGAUGAAAUGGAUCAAUUACUUGCGCGUAACCUCUCCGACAUGGUGACAAGUUUGAUGACGUUCUUGCCCUCCAAUUCUUCGGCGGUGCCUCCCAAUUCUUCCGAAACCAGCCAACAAAAUCCACCAUCGCUUUCAACCAAACGUGACGCAGAUAUCAGCACCUCUCCUCCUAGUUCAACUGGCGCGUCUGAAGAGUGGGCUCCUGCCCAACAUCGCCAAUCGCCUCAGAACUCAGUCGCCUCUUCGAUUUGUAGCAGUGAUGGUAGGAUGGCCGUCACUGGCCGCCAAACUUGUAUAUUCAGCUGCACGGUCCCUCAAGAUGUGCUCGCCUACGCGCGCUCGUUGAACCUGCGUGUCAAGGUAAUUGUUCGUCACGAAGAAAGUAACACUUCGGCAGCUUCACCCAUGACAUGGUUCCAGCGGCUCGACAACUCAUUACUCACCAAGUUUGGUAAAGCGGCGCGCGAGUCGUCCUACGACGCCAGAGCUCAGUCGAUGAAGGUCUUGGUCGUAUAUGAUGUGCUUGCCAAGACACUGGCCGACAUCUCCAAAGAUCAACCCAGUAUCGUCAUCAACUUCGAACUACCUCGUGCAGUUGAGGACUACAUUCACAGGGCUGGCUGUAUAAUCAGCAUCAUGAAUGGAUCUCAAGGUCGAAGGGCAAGUGCCUCGAGCAACAGUCAUGACGCUGCGCUGAUCAAUCUUGUGCAUGCGGGUAGUGAAAUAGACACUAUCAAGUCAAUCGAAAGCUUUUAUCGAUGCAAAAUUCACGAACUUCGGGGCUCUUCCAGCACAUCCAGCUCGCUCCUCAACGUCUGAAUACCCCUCAAGGCCGCUUCGAUCGGCGGCGAGGCUUAUGCGAAACCCCUAUUGUUGUCGCAUGAGUUUAGAAAGUUGCCAGAUUUCCUUUUCACCAUUAUCCUUUAUUAUAGACUCGUCGAUCAUUGUAUCAUGAUUUCAAGUCAGACUAAGAUUCAGCUUUAUGAAUGCAGCUGUUCCCUUACAUUCCCGAGUCCAUUUCAUAUAUCUCAGUAUUUCUGUCAUGAGUUAAUUGUACAAAUGAAGUAUUUUUCCACAUCGUUUUAUGUCUUAAUCUGCUUUGGUUUUUUUGUUUUUAGUUCAGGUUAAACAAGAAAAUACCUCCAAGUUGUUUUGAUUGUAUCUCUUCCUUCUCAAUGUUGAUCGCGCACUCGAAAUGUAAUCAGUUAUCCAAUUUUUUUAUUGGCCCACUCGUAUUUGUUGAUCCCUUUUGAUGAGAUCAAAUUGGAUUGUAGACCAUCAAAAACACCAGCCAUGGUAGACCGCAACGCAGUUUUAG